AUGAGUGACCGUUCUAUGAGGAGAUCAACUAGGAUUAGUCGUCAAGUGACUGAAUCGCCCGUUAAAGAAGAAACAAAUCAAAGGGAUGCGGUUGAAUCGCCUUUAAAGAGAAGAAAGAUUUUAGAGAAAGAUCAACAACAAAACCCUGAAUGGUAUGGAUGGUUAAGUGAUGAGACAUUGGUUCAAUUGGCUAGAUAUCCUUUGGGUACAGUAGAGAGCAUCGAAGUACAAUUUGAUUCAUUGUCUAAUGUUAGAUCUAGUUGGGAAUAUCAAUAUGUUAUUACUUGGAUAUAUAAUGUAUCUGAGUCAUUUGUCACCAAACAGAUAUAUCCAGGUGGGAAAUCCAUGUGGAAAAAUGUAAACUUUGAUGAAAUUUUGUUUAUGAAAGAUUUUUUGAAUUUAUUAGAGACCACUGAAGAAAAAAAUUAUAUUGAAGAAGAAGGUGAUGAUGGUAAUGAAGAAAAUAAUAUGAAUUUGUAUGAAUUAGUUAGACUUUCAUUAUUAAGACAAUUGGGUAAUAAUAAAUCUAUUGAAUUAAAUGAAUGGGAUACUUUGAUUAAAGAAUCGUUUGAUGAUUUAAAAUAUGAUUCUAAAUUUAUUAAUUUACCAUUAGAUAAACAAUUUCAAAUUUUUUAUAAGAUAAUAAAACAUAUUGAAUCGAAAAAUAUGGUCUUUAAAAAUUUUAUUGCAAAUAAUAUGGAAUUAUUUGAAUUUAUUAAAUUGAAAGAUAAUGAAACUAGUAAAUUAUUAUUUAUGACAUAUCCUGUCUCUAUCAUAAAACAAAAUAUUACUAGAAAGGAUUCAAUCGAUUCAUCACUUCAUAUUCCAUUAUUAUUGAAAAAUUGUACUGUGAAAUAUGAGGAUUCAAAUGAUCAAGUUGAUUUGGUUCAUUUGGAUUACUCAAAAGAAAUUGAUUCAUAUUUGGAAAAUAUUUCAAUUACUCAAGAUGUGUUAAGUUAUAAUUUUACAACUUUUUUACAAUGUUUCCAAGAUUUUAAAAUAAAAUUGAAAAAGAUGAAAAAAAAUGAACAAUCUCAUGAUUUAAAGAAAAUUAUAGAUUCUUUUGAAAGUUCUUUUGAAUGGGUGGUUCUAGCUAGAAUUAAUUCUGCUAAAUUGUUAUUACAACGAGUUAAAAAUCAAUCAAUGAAACAAUUGAUGACUAGAAGAAAACGGUCCACGAGAUUGAUUGAAAAGGAGGAAGAAACAAAGAAAAAAGAAGUUGAAAAUCAUUUAGAGGAUAAGAUUGAACACAGACAAACUUUCUUAAAAUUAAGAAAAAGAACUGUUGCAAGACUUCUUAAACGUUGUAAAGAAAAUAUGUGGAAUCAAUUAUGGGCAAAAUUUGAUCAAGAUUAUAAAAUGGAGAAAAAAUCUUCAAAAUGGAAUAUGAAUGAAAUUGAACAAAAUGUAACAAUAGAAGAACCUUUGAGUACUAUAGAUAAAUACGUCUUACCAAAUGGGUUAAAUUAUAAUACUAAGAUUAUUAUCACUGAUUUUAUUAAUGAAAAGGAUUCAUUAUUUAAACAUGAAGAAAUUGAAGAAUUACCAACUAAAUUUUGUAUCACUGAAUUAGAUAUUACUGAGGCCAAUGAAUUAGGUAUGGGACCAGAAAUUGAAAAAGUAGAUAAUCAAAACGAUUGGAUGUUUCAAUGUGCAUGUAUGGUCAAUAAGACAACAACGCCUACUGGUGACACUGGUGAUAAUAAUGAAUCACCUCUUGUGAAAAAUGAACCUGUAAUAAUUCAUCAAAGUGAUGGUGAAGAAGUCAAUUUGGAGAAAUUCCGUAAAUUAGAUAUUUUGAAUAGACCCAUCAUCUGUUGUGAUGUAUGUCAAAAAUGGCAACAUUGGGAGUGUCAAGAACAAUCUUUAGUUGAUUUACUUUCUUUUGCAUCUGUACAUUCAAAGAAAGAUCUAGAUAAUAUGAAAUUUUUAACACAACGUGAUUUUGGUACUGUUACAUAUGAUAAGAAUGAACCACAUCAUAGUACAACAAGAAGAACAUCGCGGAGACAACAUCAAGAAGAUGAGGCAGAACAUAAUGAACUCAACGCAACGAGACCAACAGAUAGAAGAACUCAAUUUGGCGAAUGUUCUGUCUUUGUCUGUCCUAUGUGUUUGGGAGAAAUUGAACAAGAAUUACGUUCUACAUUUGAACCAGAGUUAACUAUUGUAAGAGCUAAACAAAAGAAACAACAUGACGAUCGUGAGAGAAGAAAGAUGAAAAAAUUAAUAGAGAAACAACAAGCUGCACUAACAAGUGCUGAUACUCAGACGAAACCUCAAACAACAGUAUCAUCUAUGCCUGUUCAAGUACCUAUUCAAACUGCAACUACCCCAAUUCAAAAUCAUAAACCUGUAAUGGCAACAUUUUCCAUCGGCUUACAAAACACCAGUGUAACGGAACCAGUUAACAACGGCCCACCAGCAACAAUUGUCCCCCAGCAACCACAGCCUGGUUCCAAUCCACCCACCACAACACCUGCUCAACCACAGCCAUAA